ACGACCGGAUAUGCAAAACUGUGGCGAUGCUAGCUUAAACCGCCACACAUUAACUCUAAACGUGUUAAAUACCAUCAAAAUGUCCAUUUUUGGGUGGAUGCUUCCGUUUUAGAGCGGUAUUUGGUCCUCUCCGUGUGCUUCUCUGCACUUUAUUUAAUAAGUUGUUCAGUUUUAACGACUUUUCCGGGUGUUGCCAAAAGCUAACGAUAAGCUAAGCUACGUGCCUCCUUCCCGGUGCUGCCGUUACAGUCUCGUGCGGGUUUUUGUGUAUGAAAUUGAGCCGCACGUCUUGCCCGGCGCCGCACGCGGCGGUGUAGCUUGACAGGAAGGGGCGGCGGGAAGGAGGAGCCGCUGCUGCGGUACAGCUCUGUGUUUACGCGGCUCCAUUUCCUCGUCUUCCCCGCGGUCUCGUCUCACCUCCCUGGGACAGCGAACUUCUACAAACCGUGAAAAUGUACCGGUACUUCGGAGAGCUACUCACCCGGGGAGCGGGCGGCGUCCUGGUCUCGGGGUACCCCGCCGCCGCUGCUGACUCUGUUCUGCCGGCGUCCGCGUCCCUGCUGCGGCACCGCGGCUACAGCCAGGCCGUAGAUCCGGCCGACGACCCGAACUUCUUCACUAUGGUAGAGGGCUUCUUCGAUAAGGGCGCCGCUAUCGUGGAGGACAAGCUGGUGGAAGACCUGAAGACUCGAGAGACUGCCGAGCAGAAGAGGAGCCGGGUUCGCGGGAUCCUGCGGAUCAUCAAGCCGUGCAACCACGUCCUGAGCGUCAGCUUCCCCAUCAAGAGAGACAGCGGGGAGUGGGAGGUGAUCGAGGGCUACCGGGCUCAGCACAGCCAGCACCGGACGCCCUGCAAGGGAGGUAUCCGUUACAGCACAGAGGUGUCUGUGGACGAGGUGAAAGCUCUGGCCUCGCUGAUGACCUACAAAUGUGCCGUCGUAGAUGUGCCUUUUGGUGGAGCCAAAGCCGGCGUGAAGAUCAACCCGAAGAAGUACUCGGACAACGAGCUGGAGAAGAUAACCCGAAGGUUUACCAUCGAGCUCGCCAAGAAGGGCUUCAUCGGGCCCGGCAUCGACGUUCCUGCUCCGGAUAUGAGCACCGGGGAGCGCGAGAUGUCCUGGAUCGCCGACACCUUCGCCACCGUCAUGGGACACAAUGACAUCAACGCCCACGCCUGCGUCACCGGGAAGCCCAUCAGUCAGGGAGGAAUUCACGGCCGCAUCUCCGCCACCGGCCGGGGAGUCUUCCACGGCAUCGAGAACUUCAUCAACGAGGCGUCAUACAUGAGCCAGCUCGGGAUGUACCCCGGGUUCCAGGACAAGACCUUCGUCAUCCAGGGCUUCGGUAACGUGGGGCUUCACAGCAUGCGCUACCUUCACCGCUUUGGAGCGAGGUGCGUCGGAGUCGGAGAAUUGGACGGAAGCAUCUGGAACCCCGAAGGCAUCAACCCCAAAGAGCUGGAGGACUACAAACUGGCCAACGGGACCAUCGUGGGUUUCCCGGACUCGACGCCAUACGAAGGAAGCAUCCUCGAGGCCGACUGCGACAUCCUGAUCCCCGCCGCCAGCGAGAAACAGCUGACCAAAAGCAACGCCCACAAGAUCAAGGCCAAGAUCAUCGCAGAGGGAGCCAACGGGCCGACUACACCUGAAGCUGACCAGAUCUUCCUGGAGAGAAACAUCCUGGUGAUCCCGGACAUGUACCUGAACGCUGGCGGUGUGACGGUUUCCUACUUCGAGUGGUUGAAGAACCUGAACCACGUCAGUUACGGGCGACUCACCUUCAAAUACGAGCGAGACUCCAACUAUCACCUGCUGAUGUCGGUCCAGGAGAGUCUGGAGAGGAAGUUCGGCAAACACGGCGGCUCCGUCCCCGUCGUCCCCACCUCUGAGUUCCAGGCUCGGAUCGCCGGAGCGUCUGAGAAGGACAUCGUUCACUCGGGUCUGGCCUACACCAUGGAGCGCUCUGCCCGGCAAAUCAUGAGAACAGCCAACAAGUACGACCUGGGUUUGGACCUGCGGACGGCGGCGUACGUCAACGCCAUCGAGAAGGUGUUCAAGGUUUACAGCGAGGCCGGCCUCAUCAUCACAUAGACCCGCCUCCAUCCACCUGUCCGUCCGUCCGUCUGUCUGUCCUACCUGAGUUUAGUUUCCACGUGUGUUUGAAUUUCUCUGGGAUUCUUCGUCUUGGUGCAGUCGCUCCUCCUCCUCCUCCUCCUCCUCGUGUCUGUGUCCUUCUUUGAAUUUAAACUUUAAAAAACCAAAGAAACUUGCGGUCGGCAGCUUUAACGCCACGGUCGCUCACCUGAAUCGCUGCUUGCUGCACAGAAAUGACAAAUUAUCUGAGCUCACUGACCAAAAGUAUGUGGACACCCCACAGAUGAUGUGGGCGGAGCCUUUCAGAUGAAACGAUUCCUUGCUCUGGAGUGUCGCGGUCCCGAAAGCCUCGAGUAGACGAGUCAUAAAACGAGCUUCAGGAAAAAACAAUAUUUGUUUUUUCAUUUUUAUUGUUUUAUUAAUAUUUUCGGGUUGAAUCAUGAACAAACUGAGCUGAAGUGUCGGUUUAACACGCAUGAUUAGAAAAAGGUGCAAUCACUGAAUAAACCUGAAGACGUGCAGCGGGACAUUUCUGUUGGCACACUUGAGAUGAUUUCCUUUUUCUCAUUUCUGUAACUGUGGGGAAAGUGCCGGCGCUCUGUGGGAACGCUGGAUCAGUGCUGUCACAGAGAUCACACACAGAUCAGACCUGUGAGAUUAUAACUUCAGGAUUAAAUGAAUCUUUUUCUAUCUUUCGAAAGGUUAAAAACUUGAAACGAGGCUGAACUCUGUGGUCUGUAGGUCGCCUCCCUCAGGCUCCGUUAACGGGCCCGGUUCGUAUCGUGGAGGGAACGUCUGCUGCUGCAAACACUGAUCCCAGAUCAGUUCGUUGUGGGUGUCCACAUACUUCUGACCGUGUCGUGCUUUUCUUCUUCUACUGUGACGCCGUGCGCAUGUGCCUCAGGACUGUCGCUUUAAUGUUCUUCUGCCUACAGUCACUUUAUUAAGAGCAAUAACUCGUUUACAGCCAUCGCUGAAAUUUUAAAAAACAUCCAAUUGAAUGCAGACGUUUACAGCAGAGAAAACUUCAUCAUCUUAUCAUCAGUCCAGCCGCCGGAGCUCCAGACCCAAAACAUUCAGGUCAGGAAAAACUCGACCAAAGAGCCCAUAUUUAUUUUUCACUGUUUGAAAUCUGUAGAUUAAUUUAGAAGAUUUCAUCUUUAGCUGCAGAAAGUUUGUUUCACUUUAAAAAAAACCCAAAAUUUAUUCAAAAAUUUGAAGUUUCACAAAAGUUUGUUUUUGUUAAAUGAGAGGAAAUCUGCUGCACCGAUAAAGUGCCGUUCAGUCAGGACGUCUGUUUCAUUCCAGCUUUAGUUUUUAUUUUCUGAUAAUGACCACAACCAAAAGUUGUUUCUUCUUCUUUGAAAUGUUUGAAAAAUCAGAAACCUGCUGUAAGAAAACUACAAACUAUGCAAACACAGACAGUUCCCUGCGACCUCGCCGUCACAGCGCCCCCUGGCAGCCUCGCCUCUCGGGGUCAAACACUUGUUCCUUCUGUGGACUCUGAGUUUUUAUGUUAAAGAGAAAUAAAAUCCAAACAAAGUGA